UUCAAAACAUCCAUCUAAAAAUUUUUAAUUUCAGCAAAAUUCGCUUUUCACAACUAUUCAAGGUUUUAAAAAUGGCCGAGAAGAAAGUUGGGAAGGAUUUAUUGAAAAAAACAAAAUUGGGUAUUGAUGUUAAAAAGGAAGAAAAUUAUUCUGAAUGGUAUUCUCAGGUAAUAACAAAAGCAGAAAUGAUUGAAUAUUAUGACGUUUCUGGUUGUUAUGUUCUUCGUCCUUGGUCUUAUAGUAUUUGGGAAUUUAUUCAAAAUUUUUUUGAUGCCGAAAUUAAAAAAUUGGGAGUUAAAAAUUGUUAUUUUCCAAUGUUUGUUUCCCAAGCUGCUUUGGAACGGGAAAAGACCCACGUCUCCGAUUUUGCUCCAGAAGUUGCUUGGGUAACGAAAGCUGGGGACACAGAAAUGGCUGAACCUAUAGCCAUACGUCCAACAAGUGAAACAGUAAUGUAUCCAAGCUUUGCUAAAUGGUGUCAGUCACAUCGAGAUUUGCCUAUAAAAUUAAAUCAGUGGUGUAAUGUUGUGCGUUGGGAAUUCAAGCAUCCAACCCCGUUUUUACGUUCAAGAGAAUUUCUUUGGCAAGAGGGACAUACUGCUUAUGAAGCCCCUGCUGAAGCAGAAGAGGAAGUUCUUACAAUUUUGGAUCUUUAUUCUCGUAUUUAUACUGACUUAUUGGCCAUCCCCGUCGUUAAAGGAAGAAAAACGGAAAAAGAAAAAUUUGCGGGAGGUGAUUUUACUACAACUGUGGAAGCUUAUGUUCCAGUUAAUGGAAGAGGAAUUCAAGGAGGCACUUCCCAUCAUUUGGGACAAAAUUUCUCCAAAAUGUUUAAUAUAAGUUUUGAACAUCCUGACAAGCCUGGACAACGAGAAUUUGCUUGGCAAAAUAGUUGGGGGCUUUCUACUCGAACUAUUGGGGCUAUGGUUAUGAUACAUGGGGAUGAUGGUGGUUUGGUUUUGCCGCCACGCGUAGCUUUAAUUCAGAUAGUUCUAGUCCCAGUUGGAAUUACUGUCAAAACUUCUGCAGAAGACAAACAAAAACUUCUUGAGAAAGUAAAAGAAAUUUCUGAAGAAUUGAAAAGUUCUGGAAAGCUACGUAUUGAGUGCGAUUUAAGAGACAAUGUAACCCCAGGUUGGAAAUUUAAUCAUUGGGAGAUAAAAGGAGUUCCAAUUCGACUGGAAAUUGGUCCAAGGGAUUUGGCUAAAGAACAAGCGCUUGCAGUUAUUCGAUAUACAGGAGAGAAAAGACCUGUUGAAUUGGCUAAUUUAUCUGAGACUUUGAAAGAUUUACUUGAAAAAAUUCAGCAGGAUAUGUACGAAAGAAAUGAAAAAAUUAGAGAUGAGCAUAUGAAAAUAUGUUUAGAUUGGAAUGAAUUUUUGCCGUUGUUAAACCAAAAAAUGAUUUUACUUUCUCCAUUUUGUGGUCGUCCUCAAUGUGAAACAUUAAUUAAAGAACAAAGUACUAGAGAAGAACAAGGAGAACAGGCUGGGACUUCUCUUAUGGGAGCAAAAACUUUAUGUAUUCCAUUGGAUCAACCAAAGGAUGUUCCCCUUUCAGAAAAAUGUAUUCAACCAGAAUGUAAUGAGAAAGCUAAAUUUUUUGCUUUAUUUGGUCGUAGUUAUUGA